AAAUUUUGGACAUUGAUUCAGUGCUAUAUUGAUACGGAGGAAGGUAACUCGUGCCAUACACAACAUAAAUAUGGAUAAAUUCUGGUGUGUGCUGGCUUUAACCGCUCUCUGCGUGAAUGCAGUUCCACUGGAGAGCGAUGGCGUAUCAACCCGCAUCAUCAACGGGAAUGAAGCCACCUACGACCAGUUCCCUUAUGCGGUGUCGCUGCAGACGACGACCGCUGGGGUGCACUCGUGUGGGGGCGUGCUGGUGACGUUGCAACACGUGCUCACAGCCGCCACCUGCGUCACCGAGACCCUCGCCAACGGGACCAUAGUGGUGAAGAACACUAGCACAUAUCGCAUCUUCGGCGGCGCGGCGUCGCUGAGCAACUCGACAGCAGAGCGCGUGCGCGACAUUGCCAACUUCACUGUGCACCCGGGCUACACCAGCGCGCCUGCGUACCGUCACGACAUCGCCGUCAUCACUUUGACGGCUCCGUUCGCGGGUGGUACGGUGACCCCGCUGGCGCUACCCGCGGCCGACUUCAACCCCGCCGACUUCACGCCCUGCACCGUAGCGGGGUGGGGAGCUGUCGCCGGGAACACGCCUAAUGUGAUGAGCCCCGUCCUGCGGUACGCCAACAAGUACGUGUACAACCAGAACCUGUGUAUGCUGGUGUUCAACACCAACCCCACGAGUGCCAACGUGUUCCCCACCAACGUGUGCGCCGCCUCCGACGACAUGCUCACUGCCAGCUGCAAUGGUGACAACGGCAACGCGCUCGUGUGCGACGACACCCUCACCGGAGUGUCGUUCUACGGCAGCAGCUGCACCCCGUCCGCCCUCCCCGAGCUGUACACCCGCGUCAGCAACUACACCACCUGGAUCCGCAGCGUCACCAGCGCCGGCGGGCCCGGGUUCACUCCCGGACUGUUUAUGCUCUCUUUACUCACUGUAUCUCAGGUUGUCUUCGCCAAAGUCGUUAGUUAAUUGUAUGUUCACAUUUCCUAACGGAGAAUAAUUGUUAUAGUAGUUAAGAGUGAGUCUAGUACGAGUGUGCGAGUCUUAAUCAGUAAGUAAAGUUAAAAAGAACAUUGUUUGCAUGUUCACUUACACCGAGACGAGUUCAUACAAAUGUCAAUACCAGUAAGUACAACUAUUAACACAAGUUAUUAUGUUUUAAAGACUAUUAUACUAGAUUAUAGUGAUAAGUAGAUAGAACACAUUGUAAAUUAUCUAAAUGAUUGUAUUGAUUAAAUCGAAUGGAUGUGUGAGUAGCCUUGGAAAUUAAGAUCGUAAAUGUACAAAGCGUUGCUCAUCAAUUUUAUAUAAAACGAUUAAAUUUAAUGGCAAAAGCUUAGUAUUUUUGUAAUAAGUAUUUAUUUAUUUAUUUAAUACACUGUCAUUUGUUAGAAAAUAAUA